AUGGCAACUGGCGAAGAUUUAACAAACAAUUUCUUUCCUAUAAUGUCAUCAAAUAUAAUACAACGACCGGUAAAAAAGCGAUCACGUAUUAUGAAAAAAAAAAUUGCAAGAAAAAAUCAAGUUCCAAUACAUUUUCGUUUUGGCGGUAAUCGAAAAGAUCCACUCAAUUUAAAUGCACUUAUACAAAAGAAAAAGCAAUCAACAUCAUCAUCAAUAAUCAACAAUGAUCAUACAAAUACUAAUAAUAAUGGUAAUGAUCGACCGGUUGAAAUUUUACUUCAACCUGAUAUUGUUGAUCCUCUUCGUCUUGAUACAUCAUCACGUAAUGAUGAAGAUUUUAAUAAUCUUUAUUCUAUUCCAUCAAAUGAACAACAUGCUAAUAAUUCAAUGAUAUAUCCCAUACGAAAAAAACGAUAUGAAAAAAAACGAAGACAUAUUCAACCACCACGAUAUGGAAAUUUUCAAGGUUAUUAUGGUUAUCGACAACCGAAUCAUGAUCAACGUUUACAAUAUCUUGAACGUGAUUGGUUUCAUAAUAAACAAGUAUUAGAUGUUGGAUGUCAUACAGGUCAUGUGACAUUUUAUGUUGCUGAACAUUUUCAACCUGAUCAAAUUGUUGGUGUUGAUAUUGAUCAACAACUUAUUCAACAAGCUCGACAUCAAUUAUGGAAUCGUAUACAAACAGCUAAUAAUAAUAAUAAUAAUAAUAAUAAUAAUUCGAAUACUACUGACAAUAGUAAUCAAAAUAAGCGCUAUCCAUUUAACCUGCGCUUUCAGCAGAAUUAUUAA